AUGACCCUCAGCCCUGUGCUUCUCUUCGCAGGCACUGUUCCUCGUGCCCCUUGCAAAGGCAAUGAAGGCUCUGUUCAGCUUUGGGUCAUCGAUCCAUCUUUGUGGCCGGAACUCGUAGUAGUCGAUGCCAAACACUUCGGGACUGUAGUGCAUGGCGCGCGUCGACAUGCCUGA